CAUUAAAAGAACUUGCUCGAAAUUAUUGCGUCAUUCAAUUUUGAGUGAGAUAUAUGUUAGAGUUUUUUAAGCAGUUUAACUUAAGCUGAAAUAAGGUUCUGUGAAACAGUUGAAAUCGUAUUUGAUACAGGUUUAAAGGACUGAACUUUUGAAGACCAGAUAAGAAAUGUUUACCCUGAAGUUUUGCCACAUUCCUGUGGUUAAAACGAUCUCUAAGGUUUCUUUUCAGCAUUUCAAUACUUCUAAGUUUCUUUUGCUAUGUGGAACUUCUCCCUCAUUAGCUGGAAGGACUCAACACUUUGCCAAUAAUGCAAGAACAGCAUUCAGAAGGGCAACAGCAGAAACACGAACAGCUCGAAGAAAGACUUUGCGUGAAAUUAUUAUGGCACCUGCUGGAGAGUCAGCUUUUAGUCUUGGAAAGGGUGCACUUGCAGGAGCUUCUGUAAUGGGACUAGGAGCCUUAUGUUACUAUGGUCUGGGCCUUUCAAACCAGCCUGGAGCACUGGAAAACUCAAUUACAUGGCCCCAAUAUGUCAAGCAAAGAAUUCAAGACACAUAUUUUUAUUUUGGAGGGAGCAUUGCAGUGACAGCGGCCUCCACUGUAGCUGUAUUUCGCACACCGACUCUAAUGAACUUGAUGAUGAAGAAUUCGUGGCUGGCUAUUGGUGCAACUUUAGCUGCUAUGAUUGGAAGUGGAAUGAUUGUACGAUCAAUGCCAUACUCCGAGAAGUUUGGAGCCAAACAUGUUGCCUGGAUGGUUCACAGUGGAAUAAUGGGAGCUGUUGUAGCUCCUUUGUGUUUACUUGGUGGCCCUAUCUUGUUACGAGCAGCUUGGUUAACUGCAGGAGUUGUAAGUGGACUGUCAGCUGUAGCAGUAUGUGCACCAAGUGAAAAGUUUUUAACCAUGGGAGGUCCAUUGGCUAUUGGUUUGGGGGUUGUAUUUGCAUCCUCUGUUGGAUCUAUGUUUCUUCCUCCUACUACUGCUCUGGGUGCUGGACUUUAUUCAAUCAGUUUGUAUGGAGGUUUGAUUUUGUUCAGCUUUUUCCUCCUGUAUGACACUCAAAGAAUAAUUCAUUCUGCAGAAACUUAUCCCCUCUAUGCUAUGAAACCUUAUGAUCCAAUCAAUGCGUCUAUUUCAAUUUAUUUGGACACACUAAAUAUAUUUAUACGUAUUGCUACAAUUCUGGCAGGAGGAGGAUCUCGAAGGAAAUAAAGCCAACUAGUAUGUGUUGUCGUGGCAGUCUCUGUGUAUAAGAAAAUGAAUGAAUGCUUUUCUUUCUGUAUAACAUCAUGUUAUACAGCAUCUGCUGUAAAACUAUAUGAAGUAGCCCUAUAUUUUUAAAAUUUUCAGUUAGAAAACAAAUAUAAUGUAAGUUGUUUUAUGGUUCAAAAUAAAUUAUUUGAAAUUCCCAAAGCUGUA